AUGAAAAACCAUAUCUUAAGUAAACGAUCUAUUUAUUCUUAGCAACCAGUGAUUGAAUAUUUUUAAAAAUAAACACUAACUUAAACUUAAAACGAAGCUCCUUUUGAAAUAAGCAUAAUAAAUAUCAUCAUAAAGGACUUAAAGUCAAAAUUUCUUAAGAUUAAACACGUAAAUUCCUUAGGUGUCGUAUCCUGGUACAAUAGAAUAGGAAUCCUGCAAUAAGGACAAUGAGUUCGUUAUGCAAUUGAGAGAUUCAGAAGUAAUACUGAAUAAUAGCUAUGAUUAGAAUAAAUUAGCCAUGGUUUAAGUUGAAUUGGAUUGAUUACAAGUAUAAUUAUAAACUAAAGAUUCCGAACUUGAAGUUUGCAAAUAUAGAUACACACAAUUAGAAUCACAAGGAACUACAGUGA